GGGCGGAGGGAGGCUGUGGAGAGAUCCCAGAGCUGAGCGCAAAGCGCAGCGACAGACUGCCCGGGCACCCACUGACGGGCGCAGCUGGAGCAAGCCAAGCCGGGAGGAGUGCUCUGAGGCGAGAGAGCCGAGCCGGGCGGCCUCCCCAGGCCGCCACUUCAACCGGCCGGCGCCGUCCCCGCGUCCCUGCUCCCGCGCCCCUCCGGCCAGCAUGAGGCUCCUGACCGCCGCGCUGCUCCUGCUGCUCCUGGCGCUCUGCGUUGCGCGCGUGGACGGGUCCAAAUGCAAAUGCUCCCGGAAAGGGCCCAAGAUCCGCUACAGCGACGUAAAGAAGCUGGAAAUGAAGCCAAAGUACCCGCACUGCGAGGAGAAGAUGGUUAUCAUCACCACCAAGAGCGUGUCCAGGUACCGGGGCCAGGAGCACUGCCUGCACCCCAAGCUGCAGAGCACCAAGCGCUUCAUCAAGUGGUACAACGCCUGGAACGAGAAGCGCAGGGUCUACGAAGAAUAGGGUGACGGAUCUUGGGUAGAAACACUUCCAGACCCGUUGGGAGACUUCAGCAAAGGACUUUACAGAUUUAAAUAAAAAAAUUAAGAAAAAAAUCCUCUCUUUCUCACAGGCAUAAGACACAAAUUAUAUAUUGUUACAAAGCACUUUUUACCAAGGGUCAGUUUUUACAUUUUAUAGCUGUGUGCAAAAGGCUUCCAGAUGUGAGACCCAACUCUCCUCCACGCCAGAUUUCAACACAGGCAGCUUUUUACCGAAAAAAAGGGGAAACUCAUGCCUUUCCUUUUUAAAAAAUGCUUUUUUGUAUUCAUCCAUGCGUCACCACACAUCUGAGCUUUAUAAGCGCCCGGGAGGAACACUGAGCUCGGUGAGACAUUUCAUUGCAGAUCUGCUCCGGUUCUAGCUGGGGAAGCUUCCGCCCAGAGGGCCUGGCGCCUCGGCACAGCUGCCACAGCUCUCCUGGGCUUGCAGCCGGUCACAGCCUCCGUGACUCUGCAGUGGCCCCUGUCACCAGGCAAGUAGGAACAGGUCUCUCUGCAUCUGUGCUUAGAUCCGUUUGGUGGCCAGAGCAUCAUGCCUCAUCCCCCACCCCCCCGCCCAGGUUCAUUUUUCCACACUCUGGGAAACAUUUGUGUCCAAGAUCCCAAGGUGGCAAGGCCAAUGGUCUUUAAAGAAGGGGUUGGGUCUUAGCUCCCACCUGAGGGUUUCUGAAAGGUUCGCUGCUUCGAUAUAUAAGGUUUCAGAAACAUGUUAGUGAAACCCUUAGGAGAAAACUUUAAAAUACACAAUUACAUUCACAGCCCACAGCCAGAGACAUGGAUUCAGUUGAUCAAGGGGAAGCCACCUGAGCGUCUUUCUUUCCCUCACCCUGAGGGGACAUGCAAUAGAAAAGCAAUAUCCCUGUGACUCCCCACGAAAUGGUAGACAGUGCAGUAAUCUUUUGGAAGCUAAGAUGACCAGAUGCCCUUUCCUUUGUACAUACGCUCUGCAGAGUACCCCGCACUCCUUUGGUAGAGGUACUGGUGUGUUAUAUGCCAUGUAAAUGUCAGAAACCAUUAGCAUUGCAUGCAGGUUUCAUAUUCUUUCUAAGAUGAAAACAAAAGUAAUAAAGUAUAUUUGAAAUGUACCAAAA